GGCCGUUCUUUCUUCUCUUCCUUUCAGAUUUGGUGGGCGACCGGAGCUCCGACCGAGACCAUUAUUUUGUUGUCUUCCUUCCCCUAUUUAACUGCUAUACUUCUCCUCAAAUUCUUCCAGAACUAGUUUUUCCUUCACCCGAAAAUCUCCAAUUCGUCUCCAGUCUUAGCGAUCACGAUAAGUCAAAAUGUUCAACGGGAUGAAUAUGAUGGAUCCUGAAUUGAUGAAACUUGCUCAGGAGCAGAUGAGCCGGAUCUCACCGGCUGAUUUUGCCCGCAUGCAGCAACAGAUGAUGGCUAAUCCAGAACUGAUGAAGAUGGCAUCAGAGAGCAUGAAGAACAUGAGGCCUGAGGAUUUGAAAUUGGCUGCAGAGAAAUUGAAACACACACGCCCAGAAGAGAUGGCUGAGAUUGGGGAAAAGAUUGCUAGUGCGUCGCCUGAAGAAAUAGCAGCUAUGCACGCUCGUGUUGAUGGCCAAGUCGGGUACAAGUUGAAUGCAGCUCAGAUGCUCAAGAAUCAGGGAAAUGCACUUCAUAGCCAGGGAAAGUUCAACGAUGCCUUGCAAAAAUACGUACUUGCAAAGACAAACUUGAAUGGUCUUCCGUCCUCUAAAGGAACAUCACUUCUGAUGGCUUGCUCACUCAACUUAAUGUCAUGUUACUUGAAAACAAGGCAGUAUGAUGAAUGUAUAAAAGAAGGUUCUGAGGUACUGGCAUAUGAUGCACAGAAUGUGAAAGCUCUCUAUCGGAGAGGUCAAGCAUAUAAAGAAUUGGAUCAAUUGGAAGAUGCUGUCUCUGACCUGAGCAUGGCACAUGAAGUAUCCCCUGAUGAUGAAACUAUUGCAGAUGUUUUAAGGGAUGCGAAGGAAAAAUUGGGUACAGAUGGCAGUGUGUCUGCACCCAGAAGACUGGUGAUUGAAGAAAUAACUGAAGAAGUUGAGACCGUCUCUUCUGCGAACCAUAAAAGCUCAUCUACAAAAUCACAUGAAACCAGAGACGUUCCCAAGACUCAGAUUGGAGCUGAUUAUGGGGUUCCAUCAAACAACUCAGAGCAUUUGCAGGCUUUGAAAAAUGACCCAGCAACUCUCAGAUCAUUUCAAGAUUUUAUCUCAAAUGCUGAUCCAAAUGCUCUUGCUGCUUUGAGUUCUGGAAAAUCCGAGGAGGUUCCUGCUGACAUGGUUAAGACUGCCUCAAGUAUGAUAGGAAAAAUGUCACCUGAAGAACUGAAGAAAAUGAUUGAAAUGGCAUCCUCAUUUGAAGGACCAAAUCCAUUUCUCAAAGGAGGUCAACCAAAUAUGUCACUAGAUAUGUUAAAAACAGCAUCUGAUAUGAUGAGUAAAAUGCCGGCGGAUGAGCUUCAGAAAAUGUUUGAAAUGGCUUCAAAAGGGAAGGGUGUAUCUCCAACAUCACCAUCUAAAUUGGAAAGUUUCAAACCUGGAUCAAUUCCCCCAACUUUGUCUCCAGAUAUGCUUAAAACGGCAUCUGAUAUGAUGAGCAAAAUGCCCCCCGAAGAGCUUCAGAAGAUGUUUGAAAUGGCAUCUUCUAUGACAGGGAGAAACUCAUGUCCGACACCAGGAUCAUUUGAUGCUAACAAACAAAGUUCAUCGGAUUAUUCCGAAAGCCAUGAGAAUUCUGCUGGUAAUAUAGCUCAUAAUGAAGGUGCAAGCAGUUCUCAUGGAGUAAUGCCAAAUGUGGGUAGUACCCUGCAGCCGAGCUUCCCUGCCUCAGCUGUUGAUUUACAAGAACAAAUGAGAAACCAAAUGAAAGAUCCAGCAAUGCGGCAGAUGAUGUCCUCAAUGAUGAAGAGUAUGAGUCCAGACAUGAUGGCAAACAUGAGUCAGCAGUUCGGUUUGAAUCUUUCUCGGGAAGAUGCAGAAAAAGCUCACCAAGCAAUGUCUUCCUUGUCACCAGAGUCCUUGGACAAAAUGAUGCAAUGGAUGGAUAAGAUUCAAAGGGUAGUGGAAGGUGCAAGGAAGACAAAAAAUUGGCUUAUGGGGAAGUCAGGUUUAAUUUUGGCAAUAAUAAUACUCAUUUUAGCAGUAAUCCUUCACCGCUUGGGCUACAUUGGUGGGUAGAUUGUGAUUGUGCUCAUUGUCAUGAAAGAUCUAUUUAAUGCCCAAGCCUCUAGCCAAGUGUUGCGAAACGCAAAUAUGUCCUGGGAGAUGCAUCAAGGAAGUUCUGAGAUAAGGUGCUGUGGAAAGGAAGUAAAAGUAUAUGGACAUGGAGGAGGGUAAAAAUGAUGCUUGAUGUAUUUUUGUACCUAGAUCGCUAGCCAUAGCAAUUUUUUGUUGUUGUUUUUUUUAAACCUUUAUGUAGUUGGGGAAUACUGUAAAAAGAAGCAUGCCUUUGCAAGAUGGUUUUUAUUUGUCAUCCUGUGAUGAUUUGCAACAUCUAUGGAUUUGACUAUCGAUAAUGAAACAAUAAUUUGCAGCCUUGCUGGUAACAUGGCCAAUAUUGCUGAUCCAAAAUGGUGGUUGAAUUUUCUUUGCCUUUAGGUUCUAGACUUCCAGUGCU